UAGAGAAGGCGGGAGAUGGCGCGUGAAAGGCCGUGAGGUUCCCUCCCUCCCUCUCUCUCUCCCUCCCUCUCUCUUCUUCGUCUUCUUCUUGCUCCCACAUCUCGCUUCGGCGCGGCCAUGGCUUCCUUGUUCUCGACGGGUCAAUUCGUUCACAGUCGGUCCCUUAAUGCCCUCAAUUUCUUUCCGAGAAGUCCGGAGAAGAGUGUCAAGAGAUUGAUAUCCAACACAGAAAGAUUGCCGGUCUUGGCAACGUCGAGCAUGAACGAUGCUUAUGGGUUGGAUGCUUGUCAAAGAAGAGUGAUCAUCUUUUCAACCAUUGGAUUGGUUGUUGGCGCCUCCCAAUUUAUUUCGAAGGACGUGAUAGCUGUUGCAGCUGAAUUUGCAGACAUGCCAGCUCUUCGAGGGAAGGAUUAUGGGAAAACGAAAAUGCGGUACCCAGAUUACACGGAAACAAGCUCGGGCCUUCAGUACAAGGACUUACGACUAGGGAGUGGGCCUACACCGAACGUAGGCGAGACAGUUGUGGUAGACUGGGAUGGCUAUACAAUAGGGUACUAUGGGCGUAUUUUUGAAGCUCGUAAUAAAACAAAGGGUGGUUCCUUUGAGGGCGACGACAAAGAUUUUUUCAAAUUUACGGUUGGAUCUCAGCAGGUAAUACCAGCUUUUGAGGAGGCUAUUGUGGGUAUGUCACCAGGCGGUGUGCGAAGGAUUGUAGUCCCACCAAACCUGGGAUAUCCAGACAAUGAUUUUAAUAAGAAAGGCCCAAGGCCGACGACUUUCUCUGGACAACGAGCGCUGGACUUUGUGCUUAGGAAUCAAGGCCUCAUUGACAAGACUUUGUUGUUCGACAUAGAGCUCAUCAAAAUAGUACCAAGCUAACCAACUUCUCUUAGCUCAUGAUGCACCAAAGAGCACAAGGCAAACCUUAUUUCUAUGUAAAAUGAGCUCGAACAGUCGCCACAUUAAUAGCCGAAAUAUUCUCUUUCGAAUUUGUCAAUACCAACAUGUUUCAAGGUGUUGUAUAUUCAUUUUA